CGCGCCCCCGCUCGCGGCCCGGCUCGGCGUCGGGAGCGCGCUCUGUGUGGCCGCUGCCGCCAUGUUGUUGUGGUUGUGAGAAGGCGGCGGCGGCAGCGGAGAAGCAACCGGACGAGAAGCUCCAGCGGCUCAGGCGCUGCCCCCCGCCGGCCCUGGCUGGGAGCCUAGUGGGGUGGCGAAGGAGGCCGUGCCGUGGCGGGCCUCGCCAUGUCCUGCCGCCCGAUGAGGAAACUUCAUGAACUUCCCAAACUGAUACAAAUUGACUUGUGAAACCUUCUAAUAGAGAAAGUUCUUGGGACAAACUUCACUUGAUCCAGGUGUAAAGGAAAGAAAAGCCUUGCCAGACACUGAAGAAGAGACGGGGAUUUCUCCUCCUAAUCUGGGCCUCCUGUCAUGGAUGAAGAGACUCGGCACAGUCUUGAGUGCAUCCAGGCCAAUCAGAUCUUUCCCAGGAAGCAGCUGAUUCGCGAGGAUGAUAAUCUUCAGGUUCCUUUUCUUGAACUUCAUGGAGAAAGCACAGAGUAUGUGGGCCGUGCUGAGGAUGCCAUCAUUGCCCUUUCUAAUUAUAGACUUCACAUCAAGUUCAAGGAGUCUCUUGUUAAUGUUCCGUUACAGCUUAUAGAAAGUGUUGAAUGCCGGGAUAUAUUUCAGCUUCAUUUGACUUGCAAAGACUGCAAAGUUAUCAGGUGUCAGUUCUCAACCUUUGAGCAGUGUCAAGAGUGGCUCAAGAGACUGAACAAUGCAAUCCGACCACCUGCGAAAAUAGAAGAUCUCUUUUCAUUUGCAUACCACGCUUGGUGCAUGGAGGUCUACGCCAGCGAAAAAGAACAACAUGGAGACCUGUGCAGACCAGGGGAGCAUGUAACGUCAAGGUUUAAAAAUGAAGUGGAGCGGAUGGGUUUUGAUAUGAACAAUGCCUGGAGGAUUUCCAACAUCAAUGAGAAGUACAAGCUAUGUGGUAGCUAUCCACAGGAGCUCAUAGUGCCUGCCUGGAUCACCGACAAAGAACUAGAGAGUGUAGCAAGCUUCAGGUCCUGGAAGCGCAUCCCUGCUGUCGUCUACAGGCACCAGAGUAAUGGAGCUGUCAUUGCCCGCUGUGGACAGCCAGAGGUCAGCUGGUGGGGCUGGCGAAAUGCUGAUGACGAGCACCUGGUGCAGUCGGUAGCCAAAGCUUGUGCCUCUGACUCCCGAUCAAGUGGCAGCAAGCCAUCGACUAGGAACAGUUCUCGAGACUUUCCCAAUGCAGGAGACCUUUCUGAUGUGGAGUUUGAUUCUUCUCUGUCAAAUGCUUCAGGAGCAGACAGUUUAGCCAUCCAACCGCAGAAGCUUUUGAUCUUGGAUGCACGCUCCUAUGCAGCAGCUGUGGCGAACCGAGCCAAAGGAGGAGGCUGUGAAUGCCCAGAGUAUUACCCAAACUGUGAAGUCGUGUUUAUGGGGAUGGCAAAUAUUCAUUCAAUUCGGAGGAGUUUUCAGUCCCUGCGGUUGCUGUGCACACAGAUGCCAGAUCCGGGAAAUUGGCUCUCAGCCCUUGAAAGCACAAAAUGGCUCCAUCACCUGUCUGUGCUUCUGAAGUCCGCACUUCUGGUAGUGCACGCCGUGGAUCGUGAUCAGCGGCCAGUGCUGGCACACUGCUCAGAUGGCUGGGACCGCACUCCCCAGAUUGUGGCAUUGGCUAAGCUCUUGCUCGAUCCGUAUUACCGAACCAUAGAGGGUUUCCAGGUCCUCGUGGAGAUGGAGUGGCUGGAUUUUGGCCACAAGUUUGCCGACCGGUGUGGGCAUGGGGAGAAUUCUGAUGAUCUAAACGAGCGCUGCCCAGUGUUUCUGCAGUGGCUUGACUGCGUUCAUCAGCUUCAGAGGCAAUUUCCUUGCUCUUUUGAGUUCAAUGAAGCAUUCCUUGUGAAACUGGUGCAACAUACCUAUUCCUGCCUGUUUGGAACAUUCCUGUGCAACAACGCCAAGGAGAGAGGAGAAAAGCAUACUCAGGAGCGGACGUGUUCUGUAUGGUCGCUGCUUCGGGCAGGCAACAAGGCUUUCAAAAACCUACUGUAUUCCUCUCAGUCGGAAGCCGUGCUGUACCCUGUGUGUCACGUGCGUAACCUGAUGCUGUGGAGUGCAGUGUACCUGCCCUGCCCGUCCCCAUCCACCCCCGUGGACGACAGCUGUGCACCAUAUCCAGUCCCUGGCACCAGCCCUGAUGACCCACCCCUGAGCCGGCUACCAAAGACUAGAUCAUUUGACAAUCUGACUACGGCUUGCGACAAUACAGUGCCUCUAGCCAGUCGGCGCAGCAGUGACCCAAGUCUGAAUGAGAAGUGGCAGGAGCACCGGCGCUCACUGGAAUUGAGCAGCCUGGCUGGUCCUGGGGAGGAGCCCCUCGAUCCUGACAGCCUGGGGAAGCCAACCAAAGUGCUGGGUGGUGCUGAGCUGUCUGUUGCAGCUGGAGUGGCCGAGGGGCAGAUGGAGAACAUUUUGCAAGAGGCCACCAAAGAGGAGAGUGGGAUAGAGGAGCCUGCCCAUAGAGGGGGCAUCGAGAUGCAGGAGGUCAAAGAGGAGGCUGUCUUAGAAAAGGAGAUCAGGGUGAAGACCCCUGAGGGUUCAGCCAUUAUCUCUCCUCAAGGACCAGAACUGGGUGAUGCUGCUCUGACGAACCAUCCAGGCACCAGCCAUUCUGUGCUCUCACAGGGUAUUCCUGAGCAGCAGGGUGGGCACAGUGUUCUCCCCAGCUUUCUCCAGGAGUCCCCUGGGGGGGAGGAUGCCCAGGAGGUCCCUGUGGAACAGCCCCGAAUAGAAGCUAUCACAGAGGCUAGGGAGGAAGUGUUUCUUCCAAUCCCAGUAGAUGCAAAAAUUGGCUAUGGUACCUCACAGUCAAGUUCUCUGCUGCCCCCCCAAGUCCCAUUUGAGGCCAGAGGAUCAAACACGGACAGUUCAAUGGACAUGUUAAUAGAAGAUCAAGUCAAGUCAGAAAGUGGGCCCGAAGGCCAUCAUAGACCUUCCUUGGUAAACAGUGGCUGGUUCAGUGGCAAGGACAUGCUUCCUCAAGCCAUGGAGCCCCGGCCUUCAGAGAAGAGCCUAGCUGAGAGGCCCCAAGUGGUAUCUGUGGUACAUAGGACUUCCCCUGGCAGCACCCACAGCCCAACGCAUUCUCCUUGUGCCUUGCCUUUAGCUGAAUGUAAAGAGGGGCUUGUGUGCAAUGGUGCCCUGGACACCGAAAAUAAGGCUUUAGAGCAGCCCCCAGGGCUUAGCACCCUCCAGAAGCACCCCACCCCCAAUGGGCACUGCACCAAUGGGGAGGCUGGUAGGAGCAAGGACUCGCUGAGCCGCCAGCUGUCUGCUACCAGCUGCGGCUCUGCUCACUUACACUCGAGGAACUUGCACCACAAGUGGCUGCACAGCCACUCGGGGAGGCCAUCUACAACGGGCAGCCCCGACCAGCCUUCCCGCAGCCACCUGGAUGACGAUGGCAUGCCUGUGUACACGGACACUAUCCAACAGCGUCUGCGUCAGAUUGAGUCAGGCCACCAGCAAGAAGUGGAGACCUUGAAGAAACAAGUACAGGAGCUGAGGAGUCGCCUGGAGAGCCAGUACCUGACCAGCUCCCUCCGCUUCAAUGGGGACUUUGGGGAUGAAGUGAGUCCUUCAGAGAAAGGAGGACAUGCCCAAAGCACUCAGUUUCAACAUGCAGAUACUUCAAUCCCCGACUCGGAAAGCAAUCUGGAUCAGAACUGUUUGUCUCGCUGCAGCACAGAGAUUUUCUCUGAAGCCAGCUGGGAGCAGGUGGAUAAACAGGACACGGAGAUGACCCGUUGGCUUCCUGACCACCUGGCUGCCCACUGCUAUGCGUGCGACAGCGCCUUCUGGCUCGCCAGCAGGAAGCACCACUGCAGGGACACUGACCGUGUUGAUCAAACGUGGAAUUGUGGGAAUGUGUUCUGCUCCAGUUGUUGCAAUCAGAAAGUUCCAGUUCCCAGCCAGCAGCUCUUUGAACCCAGUCGAGUGUGCAAGUCUUGCUAUAGCAGCCUACAUCCCACAAGCUCCAGCAUUGACCUUGAACUGGAUAAGCCCAUUGCUGCCACUUCAAACUGAAGCUCAGUGACCUGGGGCGGGCAGAGGCCAAGCUGCUGUUCCUCUGACAGGCCCACACAGCCUGGGCAGACCGAGAGGCCCGUGCACUUUGGAAUGGGGGCGUGGAACCACCUGUGCAGAGUGACAGAAAUUUGGGAUGUACCACUGGAUUGUAGAUUGAUUUUUCUUUCCUGUUUUUUCCCUACCUCUCUCUUUUCCAUCUUCCCUAUGCCUCCAAAAAAGAAAGAAGUCCCCUGGUUGUCUUAAUUUUUUUUUUUUUUUUUAAUGGAAGACCAGAGGUUGCCAGGCCCCCUGUAACUGUUGAGCCUCCUGCUGUCCUGUGAUGCUGGAGGUUGGCUUGGUUCCUCAGGACGGGAGGAGGCUGGUCAGAGUCAGGCGUGGAGGCCUGAGAUCUAGGGAGUGGGGAAGCGAGCCAGGGCUGCUGUUUGUGACUAUUUCUCGUGCCACUGCCACAUCAGAGCUGAUUGGAAAAACCUUUGCUGCUGAGGAGGCUGAAGCAUCUUCCCUCAGAGUGUGGCCCCAAGUGCCCUCUCCCUCCUGAGAGGAGCAGGGCCAGUCCGACCUCACAGAUAAAUGGCAUUGGCAUUUGGAGGGAGGGGCACAUAAUAAUAAGUGGAACCCUUCCAGGCCCUGCUUUGGGGAAAGAAGGUGUUUUUUGCUCUGAGGCGAGUGAGAGGGCCUAGGAAUAGGGGUGGCCAGCAUGUUCUCUCUUGCAUGGGAUUCUGUUUUUAACUUGACCCUAGAUGGUCUAGAGCCCCCUUCACUGUCAUGAGUAGGCCUCCCUCAGCCAGGCUGUGUAGCGCUUCCCACCCUCAGGCAUAAGAGUGCAGACUGGCCAGAGUGCAGUGUCCUGCUGCUGUGGCCAAGGCCAAAGCCUUCCCUGAGCCAGGGCACACCUGGAAGCCCCUUCUGGGGCUUGGACCCCCAAACAAUCUCUCUUCCUUGACCAGCACAGGGAAAUCCAGACUCAGGGUUCCAAAAAUUCCCCAUUCCCAAACAAAUCAUGGAUCUCCCCCUUAAGGGGUAGAAUCAGCCUUUUAGAGUGUGAGCCUCUGGAAAAGGGAGCAUGUCCCAUACAAUCAGCCUUCCUCCUCCUUCCCUUCUUGGGGCAGUGGGAAGGGCCCAGCAGUCCUCCUGCCCUGCCCCUGUGCUGCCGGCCAGCAGUGAGGGGCCACUUGGUGACUCUGCAGCAUUCUUUAGAAAAGGGACACAGCUUGUAGGAGAUCUGGGGCACCUUUCCUCAGUAAGCUUUGAUGUGGUCCAAAAAGAGCCUUAAAUCAAGAAUAUUUGUGGUAGAAUGAGUGUGAGGAAGGGUGGAGAGGAGUUUAGGUUUGUGCUUUGUAAUCUUGGCAUCCAUGUUUUGUGCCUGCCCUCCCUCUCGGGGAAGGGCCAUGCUUGGCUCUGCUAAAAGCUGCUAACUGGUAAUGGCGGAUUGUGCUGAGCAGAUGGGGGUGAGGCCAGGGAACUUUCUGACCGUUUGGAAAAGCAGUUCCCUGGCUAAGGGAAAUUGUGUCUCAGGAAGGUGGCUCCUGUGUGUGCCUGGGUGUGGUUCGAUGUGGCCCAGAGCCUCCCCUGGAGCUGUCCUUCUGGGCAAGCCAGUAGCAUCUGAGUGAGUCUCUGACUUCCCAGUGGCAGCAGGUAGCUCGGAGUGUGAAUUCAGUGAAACAGGGUGUAGUUCUUCUCCGCACUCUGUGUGGUCUGGCCGUGCAGGUAGGGAGAAGUCAGUCUAAUUAAAGAUUGUGCAGUUCCUAGUGACAGGUGCCAAGAGGUUAUGAUACGGGUUUCUUGGGUCUGAUGUACAGUGUGAAUAAAUGCUUGCAGCUCUUAGCCCUUUUCGAUCAACGAAGCACUUUUUUAUUAAUAUUUUUCUUUGUAUGUAAAGGAGGAACCAUAACUCUCCGUAGCUGUACAUAUAACCCUUUUCUCCUAAAGAGGAGUCAGUCAGAGCUCCUAUAUUUUUCAUUUUUUGUCAAAGCAAGAAGUAAAUACUUUAGAACUGUUAAAUAUAUAAAUAAAGUGAAUAAAGUUUAGUGUUCCGCAUGGUAGCAUUUGCUAACACGUUCUAA